AUGCGGAAGAAGGUCGACGCGCGGGUCCGCACGCUCAUCGAGAACUCCGUCGCGCUGCGCCACCGCGGCCUCUUUGUCAUCGUCGGCGACAGCGCACGCGAGCAGGUCGUGAACCUGCACUACAUGCUUUCCAAGGCCGCCGUUCGGGCCCGCCCGUCCGUCCUCUGGUGCUACAAGAAGGAGCUCGGCUUCACCACACACCGCAAGAAGCGUAUGCGCCACAUAAAAAAAAUGGCGGCGCGUGGCCUCAUCGAUCCGGAUAAGGACGACCCGUUUGAGCUCUUCAUCUCUUCGACGUCCAUCACGUACUGCUACUACCGCGAGACGACGCGGGUGCUCGGCAACACGUUCGGCAUGCUCGUGCUGCAGGACUUCGAGGCGGUGACGCCAAACGUGCUGGCCCGCACCGUCGAGACUGGCGGCGGCAUCGUCGUGAUGCUUCUCAAGUCGAUGGACUCGCUGCGCCAGCUCUACACGAUGACGAUGGACGCGCACGCUCGCUUCCGCACAGAGGCGCAGCCGCAGCCGUGGCGGGGCCACAGGGCGUGGGGUCCGCGCUUCAACGAGCGCUUCAUCCUCUCUCUCGCCUCGUGCCGCUCCUGCCUCGUGCUCGACGACGAGCUCAACAUCCUGCCCAUCUCGUCGCACGCCGCAGCCAUCACGCCCGUCUCCAAGGGCCUGCGCGAGCUGAAGCGGUCGCUGCGAGAGACGCAGCCGGUCGGCUCGAUCGUGCAGACCGUGCGGACAGUCGACCAGGCAAAGGCGCUCCUCACCUUCGUCGAGGCGGCGGCGGACAAGUCACUCCGCUGCACGGUGGCGCUCACCGCGGCGCGAGGCCGCGGCAAGUCGGCCGCCCUCGGCCUCUCCCUCGCGGCCGCCGUCGCGUACGGCUACGCAAACAUCUUCGUGACGGCGCCCUCGCCCGAGAACUUGCGCACGCUCUUCGAGUUUGUGCUCAAGGGCUUCGACGCGCUCGAGUACAAGGAGCACGCCGACUUCUCCAUCGUUGAGUCGACCAACCCAGAGCUCAAGCAUACCGUCGUGCGGAUCAACAUCUUCCGCGCGCACCGGCAGACCAUCCAGUACAUCCUGCCCAGCGACGCGGCGCUGCUCUCGCAGGCGGAGCUGCUCGUCAUCGACGAGGCAGCCGCCAUCCCGCUGCCGCAGGUGCGGGCGCUGCUCGGCCCGUACCUCGUCUACAUGGCCUCCACCGUCAACGGGUACGAGGGCACCGGCCGCGCCCUCUCCCUCAAGCUCAUCCAGCAGCUGCGCGCAAAGGCGCAGGCCGGCGGCGAGGCGGCCGGCGGCAGCGCCUCGGCCCUGGCCGAGGACCCGGCGCUCGGCGGCCGCACACUGCGCGAGGCGCGUGGCUCCGGGGGGGAGGGUGGGUGGGUCAGCCUCGAGGAGCCGAUCCGGUACGCGCAGGGCGACCCCGUCGAGCGCUGGCUGCACGGGCUGCUUUGCCUCGACGCGACGACCAGUCUGCCGCCCGUGCGCUCGACGCCGCACCCGUCCGAGUGCGAGCUGUACUGGGUCGACCGCGACGCGCUCUUCUCGUACCAUUCUGCGUCGGAGGCUUUCCUGCAGCGCAUGCUCGCGCUCUGCGUCUCGUCGCACUACAAGAACACGCCCAACGACCUGCAGCUCCUCUCGGACGCGCCCGCCCACCAGGCCUUCGUGCUGCUCGGGCCGGUGGACGUGGACGCCAAGCGCCUGCCCGACAUCCUCGCCGUGGUGCAGAUCUGCCUCGAGGGCGACAUCUCGCACGAGUCGGUCCGCCGCUCGAUGGCGCGCGGAGAGACGCCGUCGGGCGACCUCAUCGCGUGGACCGUCUCGCAGCAGUUCCAGGAGCCAGAGUUCGCCUCGCUCUCGGGCGCGCGGGUCGUGCGGGUGGCGGUCCACCCCGACCUCGCCCGGAUGGGCUACGGCUCGCGCGCCCUCGACCUGCUCACCCACUACUACCAGGGCGACGUGCGGCCCCUCAAGCCGCCCGCGGCGGCUGCGCCGCGCGCGGCCGCGGGAGGCGCAGGCGCCGACGGCGCCACCGCGGGCGGACUGCUGCACGAGACGAUCGCGCCGCGCGCGAAGCUGCCGCCCCUGCUGCUCACGCUCGAGCAGCGGCCGCCCGAGCCGCUCCACUGGCUCGGCGCCUCGUUCGGCAUCACGGCGCCGCUGUACGGCUUCUGGCACAAGGGCGGCUUCCGGCCCGUCUACCUGCGCCAGACCAAGAACGAGGUGACGGGCGAGCACACCGCCAUCGUCCUCAAGGCGCUCGACGGCUCGCAGCGCGAGAUGUCGACCCUCGCCGCCGCCGACUGGCUGCCGCUGUACGUCGGCGACUUCCGGCGCCGGCUGAGCGCGCUGCUCGGCGGCGCGCUGCGCGAGAUGCCCACCGCGCUCGCCCUCUCGCUGCUCGACCCGACGCUGCAGCCCGCAGAGGCGCGCGCGCCGACGGCGGAGCAGCUCGAGUUCGUGCUCGGCGCGUACGACCUCAAGCGGCUCUCGUCGUACUCGCGCUCCCUCGUCGACCACCACCUCGUGCUCGACCUCGUGCCGCUGCUCGCGCGGCUGCGCUUCAGCGGCGCGCUCCUCACGCCGCUCUCGUCGGUGCAGGCCGCGAUCCUCGUCGGCGUCGGACUGCAAGGCGACCGCCGCCCCGCCGCCUCCGCUACGAGCGACACAGGCGCCACGUUCGACUCCCUCUCCGCCGAGCUCGGCCUGCCCGUCUCGCAGCUGCUCGCGCUCUUCAACAAGCUGAUGCGCAAGCUGGUGGCACCGCUGCAGGCGGAGGCGGCCAAGGCGGAGGAGGCGUCCCUUCCCGCCCCGUCGGCGGCGCGCGAGGCGUCGGCGCACCUGCAGCCGCUCGGCGGCGACGAGGCGGCGCGCAAGCAGCAGGAGUGGCUCGAGGACGGCGCGCUCGCGCGCUACGAGAUCAAGGGCACAGAGGAGGACUGGGAGGAGGCGCUGGCCGGCAGGGGCGGCCCCGUCACGGGCGUGCUGAGCGUGCGCUCCUCCAAGGAGGGCGAGGCGAAAAAGCGCAAGCUCGGCGGCGGCGGCAAGGCCAAGGACAAGGGGAGAGGGGACAAGCCGCGCAAGAAAUCGCGCUGA